CAUAAACCGAGAGAUCAUAUGUGUGGAGGAAAGAGCAUUUGCUGAAUUAUGUCUUGUUAUGCGUGAGACUUUACAUACUGGUCUGACAUUUACCAUAAAAGAUGUGGCGUAGAAGAAAGCUGGCCAAGAAAUCCCAGGUGGGAUUGGAAGAGUUAAGAGUCCAACGCAGAGAACGAGAAACAGUCCUACGGAAAGCACGAAGAGAACAGCAGCUGAUAAGCAAAAGGUUACUGCGGGAUUCAACCGAUGAUGAGUCAUCCGUGGAAGAAAAUCCGCAGGACCACUUCCUCUCAGAGCAGCAGGUGUUACAACUGAUUAGCGAUAUCCAGCAAGGGUCCGCUGACAAGUUGAAGUCUCUAAUUGCUCUUCGUCAUGGACUCCGAAAGAGGGAUACACAGCUCUCAUUUAUCAGGACAGAAGGCAGCAUGCGAGUUUUGGUUGGAUUGUUCACAUGUCAGUUUGCCAAAAUCCAGAUGGAGGCUGCCAGGUGUCUACAUGAACUGUCUCACUCAGAUGACCCAGCUGUGUCUAAAGCAUGGCUGCCAGCUACCUCCUACCUUCUGACAUAUUUAUCAGGAAGCAGUGCAGAGCUCACGGAGCUGUGUUUAUAUACCUUGGGUAACCUUAUUGUGGAAAGUGAGGCAGUGAGGCAACAGCUGCUCGUACAAGGAAUGAUUCCUGCCUUUGCGGUGUGCCUACAGUCUCCUCAUGUGAUGGUAUUAGAAGCCACUGGAUAUGCACUUUCUCAGUUAUUGCAAGCAAAAGAAGCUCCUCAAAAUAUAAUUCCAACUGUUCUAGAGGCCGGACUGACACAGGACAUACUUCGAUUAUUACUUUCUGAGUCCGAAGAUGGUUUUGGAAUGAUGAUUGAAUUUGCUUGGUGUCUUAACUACAUUAUUAGCAGCCAGGUAAACAAUGCAUUGCUGAUUUCACAAGGUGUUGUGUCCAAACUGGUACACUUACUGACAAAACUGGCCGUAUUUCUUACAAGCACCAGUUUUCCUUUUUCUGAGCUGUUGGUUUGUCCCUUAGUACGUUGUUUGGGUAACCUGCUAGCAGAAGUUGAUGCUGCAGGCAACAAAGUUCCGCUUCCAGAAGAUGGCCGCCUUCUUGUGGCUUUGUUUGUCUUCAUUCAACAGUUUCAGAAAGAACAUCUCUUUGUGGUUCGAGAAUGCCUCUGGACUCUUAAUAACAUGACAGUAAAAGGUCCUACCAUAUGCUCUGCAGUGCUUCACUUUAACUUGAUACCAGUUAUGCUGCAGUUGUUUGGCCAUUCGAAAGAUAUAAUUCUGCUGGUUCUGACAGUGCUAUGUAACAUAGCUGACCUUGGGCCUGCCUACUGUCAGUGUCUUCAGGAGAAAGCCAUCAUCUCCAGGGUGAUCCCACUACUUGACAAAUCUGAUGUUCAGGUGACACUUCGCUGCUUGGAUCUAAUCAUCAUCAUUCUGCAAUAUUGUCCAGAGGCAGCAAAAGACACCCAAAUGCUUUCCGGGUUGGAAAUGUUAGAAACUUAUAAAGAUCAUCCUGAAGCUAAACAACAUAUACAAGCGGUCUUUGACUACUGCAGGUCAACGAUCAAAGAACACAAUAUGGAAGGACAGCUAGCUAUGGAAUAA